GGGUCCUGGGGUCCCGGAUCCGCGGCCGGGUCGUGGGAUCGGGGCUCGGAGACUCAGCGCCCCAGGGUCUCCUCCGCCCUGGGGGAGGAGCCGCGGGCGGCGAUGGGGGAGGGCGGGGAGACGCGAGGCAGGGGUCGCCCGCCGGCCUCGUCCCGGAGACCCGAGGCCCUCCCUCCCGCCCAGGAGGCCCCGCCGCUGAGCCCGCCCGGUGGGGGAUCUUGCCGGCCCCGUGAAGGCCCGAGAAGCAUGAAGCUCCUGUGUGUGGUGGCCGUGGUCGGAAGUCUGCUGGUUCCCCCAGCCCAAGCCAACAAGAGUUCUGAAGAUAUCCGUUGUAAAUGCAUCUGUCCGCCGUAUAGGAACAUCAGCGGGCACAUUUACAACCAGAAUGUGUCACAGAAGGACUGCAACUGCCUGCACGUGGUGGAGCCCAUGCCGGUGCCCGGCCACGACGUGGAGGCCUACUGCCUGCUGUGCGAGUGCAAGUACGAGGAGCGGAGCACCACCACCAUCAAGAUCAUUAUCGUCAUCUACCUGUCGGUGGUGGGUGCCCUCCUGCUCUACAUGGCCUUCCUGAUGCUGGUGGACCCUCUGAUCCGGAAGCCGGACGCCUACACAGAGCGGCUGCACAAUGAGGAGGAGAGUGAGGAUGCUCGCUCUGCAGCCGCCGCCGCCUUCGGGCCCCGGGCGAACACGGUCCUGGAGCGCGUGGAGGGCGCGCAGCAGCGGUGGAAGCUGCAGGUUCAGGAGCAGCGAAAGACCGUCUUCGACCGGCACAAGAUGCUCAGUUAGACGCGGCCCCAGCCUCCGGGGCUGGAUGGAACCCGGCCACUCUCCCAGCUCUGUGCCCCCCUCCAGGUCUCCCCCUUUAAAGCCCCGGGCAGCUUUCAUUCUCUCCAUCUUUUGAAAUGUCAUGCUCAGCUGGGUGAUCCGGGAAGGGCGCUGCUUCCCCGCUCAGGUGGUCUCAGGGUGGAAGGGAGGGGACCACAGCCAGCCAGGGCCCUCCCCACCCCAGCCCACGCACCACCCUCCCGGCUCCAGACCCUGGGGGCUGGGUCGUCGGCAGCUGCCUCCUGACUGGAUCCCCCAGCCCUCGGGACGGCCCUGCCGGGAGGGCUGGGUGCUCAGCCCUCAGGUCCUCAGGGUCCCUGGUUGUGUUCCGGCUUCUCCCCCCGUACUCUUCUUGCAUUGACGAGGGUGGGCAGAGUGCAGGGCUGCUCACUCUGCCCCGGCCCCCGCUCCCACCUCAGGAAGCCAGGCUGCCCCCUCCCAACCCCGUCCCUGCCCCGCAGGCUGCAGUUGCUGAGCCACUGGUGGGACCACAGGACCCCGAGGCCACGCGGUAGCCCCUAGCCCCUGGGCCCCGGUCCUCAGAUCGCCACUUGUCCCUGAGUUUCAGCGUCCCUGUGCAUGGAGACCGCUGGCCUUCGGUUACUCGCCAUCAUUAAAUUGUCUUUUUUUUUCUCA